GUAAAGUUUAUAUCGGUGUCAUGAUUGUUUAGAAAGAUAAAAAACAACAACACUGAAAUGACACUAGAAACUUAAAAAGAAACCUUGGCUUCAUUUCUUUGUUAUCUGUAAGUAUUAACUCUAAACCCUUGAGAAAAUGUUGAAAUAUGACAAGCUCAUGUAGAUAUAAGGAUAGUCAACAGCGAGACGAGCUCUGUUAAUGCAGACCGUGAUAAUGCCAUCCAGGAUAUUUCCUAAUUUCUGAACUUUCGGGCUGUUCAUAUUGUAAGGAAAUAAUGCAAAAGCCUCUUGAGAAGAAAGAAAAAAUAGUGUGAGCUUUACAUCAAAAUGACGGUGAAAUCUCGAACAGUGUUGCGUCAUCUGUGGGCGUGGCGAACGGUGCUGAUACUUCUCUUGACGCCAAUAAUUAUUUCUCCCAUCAUCAUAGUACUGAAUUCAUCGGAAUCCAAGUGUGCGUAUGUUGUGGUGUUAAUGGCAGUUUACUGGAUAACUGAGGCUCUACCUGUAGGAGUUACUGCCCUUAUACCUGUAUUUCUCUUCCCUUUGUUUAACAUUGUAACCUCCAGUGAGAUAGCAGCCACGUAUAUGAACGAUGUCAACAUGGUGUUCAUUGGUGGCCUGAUGAUGGCUAUCGCUAUAGAGUACUGGGAGCUGCACAGGAGAGUGGCCAUCAAGAUACUGCUGAUGGCUGGGUCUGAACCAAGAUGGUUGAUGUUGGGUAUGAUGCUAGCCACUUGGUUUUUGUCCAUGUGGAUCUCCAACACUGCCACAACUGCCAUGAUGAUUCCAAUAGCCGAGGCCAUCUUGGUUCAGUUAAAAGGAACUAGCACAAGACUGGGGAAUAGAGUAGAGAAGGUUGACGAGGUGAACGCUCUAGAGAUGAAGGUCUCUCCUAGCAAGGAGGACAAAGAGAAACAGUCAGAAACAGCCGUGGUUGCAGAAAACGGCAAAGUUGGCAACAAUGCCCAAGAGAAGCAACCUACACAAGAAACAGCUGAGGGUGAAGCAGACAGUUACAAUGAAACCGAAGACGAAGACCCUCACUUCAAGCAGCUCUGCAAAGGGAUGUCACUGAGCAUCUGCUAUGCUGCCAAUUCUGGUGGAAUAGCGACUCUAACAGGAACUGGCCCUAACUUGGCUUUAAAAGCACACGCUGAUCAGAUAUACGCCAAAUAUCAUGUCAAAAAUCCGGUGACAUUUGGUGCUUGGAUGGCCUUUGGCAUACCAUUGUCUGUUGUGAUUCUGAUCGUCUGCUGGUGCUGGCUACAAAUCGCUUUCCUCCGGUGCAGAGGCGCCUGUCGUUGCUGUCUGCGUGGAAAACAAGACACACACAGAUCAGAGAGAAUCAAGAAUGUGAUUAGAGAUGAGUAUACCAAACUUGGACCUAUGGUGUUUGGUCAACUGAUGAUCAUCAUCCUCUUCUUUAUUUUGAUCGUCUUAUGGAUAACACGUGACCUGGGAGGUGUGGCAGGCUGGGGGACAGCCUUUGGUACCGAAGUUAAAGAUGGUGCCCCAGCGAUGUUUGUUUCUAUCUUGCUGUUUGCUCUGCCCUCAACGCUGCCCUGUUUAAAAAGUUACUCCGACCCUGCACAUCCUCAGAAGUGGGAGAGAGAGAAAAUCAAGCAGGUGGACAAGCAAUUAGCCCGCUUUGGACCAUUAGAAAUUAGACCACUGCUCAACUGGAAGGUGGUACACGAGAAAAUGCCUUGGCACUUAUUUUUACUUCUGGGAGGAGGCUACGCCUUGUCUAAAGGCUGUGAGAAAUCCGGACUGUCUAGCUGGAUUGGCCACCAGCUGGAGUUCUUCAGUGAGUGGAACCAGUGGGGCAUCCUGUUCAUCAUCUGCUACAUCACAGCUGCGGCUACCGAAGUCACGUCCAACACGGCUAUAGCCACGCUCUUGAUGCCCAUCAUGUCACAGCUGGCACUUACGACUGGAGUUCACCCCCUUUAUUACAUGCUGCCCACUGCCUUGGCCUGUUCCUUUGCAUUUAUGCUGCCAGUAGCCACGCCCCCGAACGCCAUUGUUUUCGCUUAUGGAAGAAUCAGAAUUGUGGAUAUGGCCUUGGCUGGUCUUGUGUUGAAUAUAUUGGCUGUACCUUGCCUAAUAGGCUUGACCGGAACAGUCGGAACCGCCAUAUUUGACUUUGAUAACGUCCCACCAGGAUUCAUAAACCACACGAUAUCCGGCUCUCUCCUUUCUAAAGCGUAAUGUUUAGCUGGAGUUUAUGAUUGUCUCUAUGUAGAUAGUGAGAGAUCUUCAGAUGUUAUUUUAUUGUUUAAGUUGUUUUGAAUAACAAAUAUUUAUUUUUAA